UGGCAGUAGCGUCGGGCGAAAAUGGUGGCAGUGGUCGCGAUGUGGUGCAGCUCGGCGUGCGCGCUGCAAGAACGGAGGAAUCGUCGGACGGCGAGCCAAGGUGCGGCCUGCUGAGCACGAUGGACGCGCCCGGCGACGAAGACGACGCGGCGGCGACGGCGACGCAGCGGCGCCUUGUCAGCGUGCGACGGCGCCACCUGUCGCUGCUCAAUCCGGACAGGGUGCGCGCCCUCUUCGGGGUCACUCUGCGCAAUGUCGACGAGUGGGUGGACAACGAGCGCGCCUGGUUUGCCGUGAGCAGCGACUCCGCCGCCCCCGUGACCCACGACCUCGAGGCCUGUGUCCAGCGUUAUAUCGACUCAUCAUGCACAGAGGCUGGUGGCACUGAAGAAGACUCGAGCUACGACUCUGACUGCGAAUCGGCGCCGAAUGCGGUGCCACACAGGUGUCACGACGACGUCAGUCGGACGGUGUCGGAUACUUUGGGUGCGGAGUUUGCCGAGUAUGUGUCGUCGCCGCCCCCUGGCUACACGCAAAAGGUCGAGUUCGGCCUCAAGCUCGGCUACACGGAGCGCCAGGUGCAGGUCGCUCUGGCAAAAAUCGGCGACAAUCCUAGCCAGAACGAAUUGCUCGCCGAACUUAUAAAGCUUGGUGCAGCCAAGAGCGCCUCAGACUUCUCUCCUACUUCGGACGUAGCCCCGUGUUUUGGGGUGGAUUCAUUUGCUGACUGUGAGAAUGGUGAUAGUGAAGAAGUCCUUGCGGUGAACCAGCUAAGGCACAUAGUCAUAGACGGGAGCAACGUAGCCAUGAGCCAUGGCAAUAAAGAAGCAUUCAGUUGUCGUGGCAUCAAGCUGUGCGUCGAGUGGUUUCAAGCGAGGGGACACCAGAGAAUCACAGUAUUCGUGCCGCGCUGGCGCAAGGAGGCGUCGCGGCCCGAGCGACCCAUCAAGGACCAGGAGAUCCUCAACGAGCUGGAGCAGGAACGCAUUGUUGUGUUCACGCCGUCCAGGCACGUCAACGGAAAGAGGGUCACCUGCUACGAUGACAGGUACAUCCUCAGACUGGCUCACGACACGGACGGCGUCGUCGUCUCGAACGACAACUACCGAGAUCUGCUCAGCCAGAGCCCUGAGUUCCGCAAGGUUGUCGAAGAACGCAUCCUGAUGUACUCCUUUGUAAAUGACAAGUUCAUGCCUCCUGACGAUCCAUUAGGCCGGUCUGGCCCUACACUCGACAAGUUCCUCCGCGUUACCUCAGUAAAGGCUGACCCCCCGCGGCCGUGUCCUUACGGCAAGAAGUGCACCUACGGAAACAAGUGCAAGUACGCGCACCCAGAGCGAGGUCCGCUGCCGCUCAAAUCCAUUUCUGAACGACUGGCGGAAAACGCUCAGAGGCAGCUGCAGGCCCGUGCCAGUAGAGAUGCCAGUCCAGGUGACCAGUCAAAAAGCAAAUCUCUAAGUUUGCCGCCUGGAGAGCAGCCACGCAAGACGCCUCUGUCAAGGACGCGGUCGUCGGUGCCAAACUCGUGCAAUAACGAGCGCCAGGGUGUCUCCAAGAGCAAGAGCGUGGAGAACGUAGCAUACAACUUCCGCGUCCCUCCACCCCACUCGCAGUACAUCCCUCCUCCGCAGCAGCAACAGCAGCAGCAGCAGAUGUGGACCCAAGUCAGUCAUGUGUCCCAGGACUGGCACAUGAUGGCGGCGCCGAGUGGCCACUUGCCUCUUGGCAAACAAUUGUCCGACCCACCGGUCAACCCAGAACACGAACAGACUGAACCCGUCAACCUGCACCGCAAGCUGCAGCGCCAGCUCACCCUCAACCCUGCUUUCGACGCUCGCCUCUUGCAUCUCCAGCACGGAAGCUAUGGUGCCCCAGCAGAGCACAGACCCAUCGGCCGAUGCACUAGCAGCGCCACUGACUACCGCAUGCCCCACUGGGGGGAGCCGACGCACCAGCUGGGCGGUCCAGAAGUGGCCCUGCACCAGAGCGUGACCCGGAUCGCGUCAGCCCCUGAGCCGCUGCCACCGUGCUGGCCUCCGGCGCCGACGCAGCAGCGGCACGUGCCCCUGACACACAUCAGCGCCAGCUCUGAGCCAAACCUGAUGGUGCCGCCGCAGUGGACGCACAUGGACGCCGAGGUGCGCAGCCGCAUCAACUACCACCUGUCGUCACUGUUCCCUGCUGAGCAGGUGCAGGCUGCAAUGAACAUGCUGCCUGAAGAGACCAACCCGCAGAAGAUCUGUGCCCUCAUCCUAACAAUGUUCCACAAGCCGUAAAACAAAUAAUUGUGUGACGGAGGGCGCUCGAAGGCAUGCGAGCUGAGAUAUUUCCAACACGUCCGCGACGCCCUCCACGGUUUUUACUCUACGUACUCAAUAUUUUGUGUCAAAUAAUUGCUAUGGGUGUUGAGAGUUUGCCCCUAGCUGCAGAUUUUCCAACCAAAUUGGUUGAAACGGACGCUUCGGACGAGUCGUCGCGCAAUUGGGGCUGUACCCCUUCUUGCCCUGCAACCGACUUUCUCGUUUCUCUGAGCAAAAGUGUGAAGAAAAGUAACUCUAUGAGUUGGUUAUUUUAUUACUUAGUUCCCUCAUUUUAUCGAUGUACGACUACUCGAUGUUUAGCUGCACAAAUUGCCAAAUGACAAGCGAUGAAAUAUUCCUCCUUGACGUUCCAUGUUGAAUGUAGAAGUUUUUACAGUGUAAAACCAAUGUUGAACGCAAGUAUUUGGCGAAAAUUUUGGUCAAAGUGUACCAAAUAAAAUUCUAUUUUCUGUUGACAA